GAAAUUGACGGUCACAAAAAGCGGCCAACUGACGACAAAAUGCGAAGCUUGUCAAAUCAAGUUUACUAAAAAAAGAUAAAAUUCCCACUACUACACAAGCCUAGCACAGUAGUUAUCUUGUGCUGAAAUACUACAAUUUCCAUUCGUGUGGCGACCAAAUUCGAAAUCACUUUGUGACUUCGAUUAAGUUUCGCUUUUUACACACCAACACGAAGGAUUCAAUUUGACACGCUGGAAAGAUAUGGCAGCAGCUACAUCUUUUGCUUCUGAUUAUCAUUGGAUCAGCACAGGAAGCAGACGCAACUCAAUCGAAAGUGUCCUCAGCAUUCAAGGGAGAGAAACAGAUAUCGUUCGCGACACAUCCGACACUGACGGCUUCGAGGAGGAAUCCGGGGCGGAGUUCGAGCCCGUCACCGAACCCGAGGAUGAGGAUGGACCUGUCAAGGAUGAGUCGUCCGGGGAAAGCGAUCACAUAAUCAAGACCCGUGUCAUCUCGGUAUGCGUGCGCGACGACGGCGACCUGGUCCUUGCCGACUCCGAGGAGACCAGCUCCGGGAGCGACGCCGAGCUCGCGCUGCCCGACUACUGGCGGUGCGCGCAGUGCGGCGCGCAGAAUAACACCCCGCUGUACCGGUACUGCCAGAGCUGCUUCAAGGUACGUAAGAACUUCUUCCCUCCGCGACCGAAACGAAAGAACUCCGGUAAACAAUCGCGUGACGUCACUGACGCGGGCGCGCUCGUUCACACGCUGUCCCAGACCGACUCGGGGGUAGGCACGGACGCCACCAGCCAGGAGCUGACAUUCUCGCAGGACUCCCGCCCCCACCCCUCACACCCCUACAGGCUCGACCUCAAACGCAGGGCCGAGUCCGACUCUGACUCCGACCAAACGGACAUAGAACGGACCGUCAAACGAAAGAGGUUCAGGAAAGACGUAGCGCCUCUCGUAAAAACGGUCAGUGAUCCGGCGCUAACGAUAGAUAAUUUUGUCGUUGAUUCGAAGGAGAGUGCCACAGAUAAUCUGUGCAUUAUUUGCUUCUCUGAACCUAAAUCGGGGGUUUUCGUGCACGGUCGCAUAGCCCAUAUAUGUUGCUGCUACAAAUGCGCCGUCAAAGUGUGGUCUAAGGCCAAACGCUGCCCCAUCUGUAAUUGUAAAGUUAGUAAUGUUCUGAAAGCUGUAGUUAUGUAAAAACUAUAACUGGCGAUGAGAAAUAAUAGGGUAAAAAUGAAUAUCUCAGAAAGGAAAUGUGGUUUAUGUUCAUUUCUUUUCAUUAAGCACUACUAUGUAACGAUAAGUGCUUUGUACAUUUGUUCAUAAAAUAUCAGCUUGGAUACGUUAAUUUUUCUUUUCCGUAU